AUGAAUUUUUUUUUAUCUUACUCAUACCGCUUAGUCUCGUAUCGUUUUUCUAUAGUUCCCCAAAUCCGAAAAGUGGCGUCUGCUACUCAAACAAUAUCACAUCGUUAUGAAGAAGCGAUCUCAACUUUAAAUGUCUUGCAGACGAAUCAUUCAUCAUUACGAACCGGCGAUCAACGUGGGAAAUCAAUGGAAAUCAUUCAACGUUAUCUAUCACUUCUCAACGUUCAGUCAGAUCAAAUCGAUCAACUUAACAUAAUACACGUAGCAGGUACAAAAGGAAAAGGAUCUACAUGUGCGUUUACUGAAUCAAUUUUACGACAAUAUGGUUAUAAGACUGGAUUUUUUAGUUCACCACAUUUAAUUGAAGCACGAGAACGCAUUCGAAUCAAUGGAGAGUUGUUAUCGAAAGAAAAAUUUGUUGAUUAUUUUUGGCAAUGCUAUAAUGUUAUUCGUGAUGGUGUUCAACAAUCAACUGAUGAAAAUGCAAUUCAAAUGCCAUAUUAUUUUGCUUUUCUAACAACAAUGAUGUUCUACGUAUUUGUUCAUGAACAGAUCGAUGUUGGUGUUAUCGAAGUAGGCAUUGGUGGAGAAUAUGAUUGUACAAAUAUUAUCAAGACUCCGAUUGUAUGUGGCAUUGCAUCAUUAGGAUUAGAUCAUGUUAAACUAUUAGGCAAUACGAUAGAGCAAAUUGCAUGGCAAAAAGCUGGAAUUUUUAAACGCGAUGUUCCAGCUAUUACUGUACCACAACAACCAGAAGCCAUGCGUAUUUUACACGAAAGAGCUGAAGAAAAACAUUGUUCAUUGAAAAUCGCAUCUCCUCUAAAUCAUUAUUCAAGUUAUCCAUUUCAACUUUCACUUGCUGGAGAUGUACAAGAAAUAAAUGCUUCAUUGGCAAUAGAAUUAGUUUUUCAUUGGCUACAAGCUCGGACAGGAGAAUCUUAUGAUCAACUUAAGAAUGGCCCAUUAAAUAAAAAUAUUCUUCAAGGUUUAGCAACAUGCGAGUGGUUGGGUCGUAAUCAAGUAGUUGAUACAAAAAAUGCCACUUAUUACCUUGAUGGUGCACAUACAAUUGAAUCAAUAGAACAAUGUAAAAGUUGGUUUAAUGAUUCAUUAUUGAAACAAAAGUCAUUGUCAAGACUUAUUCUUUUAUUUUAUUGUUCAUAUGAUCGACAGCCAGAUGUGUUGCUUCAACCUCUAAUGAAAUGUAAAUUUGACUGUGUUGCUUUUUGUUCACCGAUCACAUCCACAGCAAUAAUCGAUAAUAAUUCUCAAACAGAUAAAAAACUUGGCAAUGACCAAUGGCGAGCAACAUCAAAUAUGGUCAGCGAAAUAGGUCGUCUUUCAUUACACGUAGCUGCAUUUGAAAAACUUUGGUUAUCAACUGUAGAAAAUCAAACAGCAAUACCACCGAUACACUGUUUUCAUACAGUGUCACAAGCAUUAGAAUGGAUAGAUGAUAGUAAAUCAUCAAAACCAUGUGUUUUAGUCACUGGCAGUCUUUAUUUAGUCGGCGCACUGUUGAAAUUGCUCGAUAAAACUGAUGGUGCUCUAUGA